AUGAACUUCGGCAGGGAGGUGGCUCGCCAGACCAGUUGUUAUACGUACGUGAUAGAAGAUGACGAUCCAGCCCUGGCGAGUCUAAAUAUAUUUGAGUUGGCCGAGAAGGGCGACCAUGCCCUGCUGGAGAGCCUGGUGAGGAAAAACCCCGAGGUCCUAAGUGAGAAAGAUGAAUACGGAGCAGGCCCCGUUCAUCACGCUGCCGCGGGCGGCCACAUCGCCCUCAUCAGAUUCAUCAGCGCAGUCCUGGGCCCGCAGGCUUUAAACAGCUGCGACGAGCGCGGCGACGUGCCUCUCCACUGGGCCGUUGACAAGAACCAGGCGGAGAGUUGUAAGGUUCUUCUGGACCUGCUGGCCGACCCCAACGUCCUCAAUGCGGCGCUGCUGUCACCUCUGCACCUGGCUAUUAGUCAGGGACACAACAAGUUAGUGGAGCUGCUGCUGUCGUACAAUACGGUGGACUACAACUUGCCCGGAGACCUUGACAACACCCCUGUCAUGAUGGCCUGCUCGCUGAAUAACUGCCAAGCACUUAGCUUGUUGCUAAACCAUGGCGCGCGCCUGUGCCAGCAAAACAAACUGGGACACUUUGCCGUGCAUGCAGCUGCCUUUGCGGGUGCAAAAAAGGCUUUGGAAUUCAUCAUGAAGUCUGGAGAAGAGCUGGGCUACUUGAGUGAAAACCACAUUAACUAUUUGGACAAAUCCAAUAGCAGUCCUCUGCAUCUGGCUGUGCGGGGCGGCAACAUUGAGACCAUUGGGUUCUGCAUUGACAAGGGGGCUAGAAUUGACCAGAAACAGCAUGACAGGUCGACGCCGUUGCACUUGGCUUGUACCCAAGGUGCCGUCGAGGUGGUCAAAAUGAUGCUGUGCUCUCACGGCCAAGUGGAGGACAUCAUUAACCUCAAGGACGGAGCUUGUCAGACGCCAUUGCACAAGGCAACAAUAUUCGACCACGUGGACUUGGCCGAAUACCUCAUAUCUUUGGGUGCGGAUGUCGACUCUGUGGACUGUAAGGGCAACCCGCCCUUGCUACUGGCUACCAGUUGCGGCGCGUGGAGAACUUUGGCGCUGCUACUGUCGAAAGGUGCUGAUGUCAGCCUAACGGACAGAUUUGGCUGCAAUUUUCUUCACUUGGCCAUUUUGCAACCCAAGGGACUGAAGAAUGUGCCGGAAGAUGUUCUGCAGCGUAGCAGCGUUAAGGCCUUGCUGAGCUGCGAGGACAACGAAGGCUGCACACCUCUGCACUAUGCGUGCCGGCUGGGCAUCCACGACUCGGUGCGCAACAUGCUGGGUCUCUCGGGCCAGCUGGGUCUAGCGUGCAAGUCCAAGGAUAAGAAGUCUGCGCUGCAUUUUGCUGCUCAGUAUGGUCGUAUUAAUACGUGUCAUCGACUCCUGGAGACCAUCACGGACUCCCGCUUGCUCAACGAAGGCGAUGAGCGGGGCCUGACACCUCUUCACUUGGCAUCCAGAGGGGGGCACACUCAGGUGGUGGGACUUCUGCUGCGGAAAGGCGCUCUUUUUCACAGUGAUUACAAAGGUUGGACCUGUCUGCACCACGCGGCCUCUGAGGGAUACACACAAACUAUGGAUAUUAUAUUAUCAGCCAAUAUGAAACUGCUGGAUAAAACAGAUGAAGAUGGGAACACGGCCCUCCACAUUGCGGCGAGGAUGGGCCACGUGGCGGCUGCCAUGCUUAUGGUCAAUCGGGGGGCAGAGUUUUUAUUGAACAAGACCGACACGUCAUUUCUUCAUGAAGCCCUGCAGAAUGGAAAGCAAGAUGUCGUCAAUGCCGUCAUUGACAGUGAGCGGUGUGCAGAGGCAUUGACUAGGUUUAAACCCGGAGGAUCCCAACGAUGCCCCAUCAUGGAUAUGAUUGAAUACGUUCCAGAGACCUACAAACACCUGUUGGACUGCUGCGUGAAGGAGUCAGACGAUGAUCCCAAUUGCCACAACUACCACAUUGAGUAUGACUUCAAGUGGCUGCAAGCUCCUUUAGAAAUGCAAAAGAAAGGGGAUAAGUUGCUCCGGGUUCAACCGCUAGCCGCUCUCAAUACGAUGGUGAAGUACAACCGACUCGGGCUUCUAAACCACCCUGUGUGCAAAAAGUACCUUUCCAUGAAGUGGGUGGCGUACGGGAGCAAGGCGCAUCUUCUCAACAUGUUCAUAUACCUACUGGGUCUACUGCCGCUGACUCACCUCAUUGUGACCAUGAGGCCCACCAUGAACAUCACGGCAACAGGCAUUCACAAUAUCACCAUGGUGCCUGUGUCGUUUGCGGAGCAAAGUGUGUUCCUGUCCGUUUGUAUGGUGAUGGUCCUGGUCAUGAACGUCUACGCCAUAGUGAAGGAAGUGCUACAAAUUAUACAACAGCGUUGGGACUACUUAAAGGACUACACAAAUCAAUCUGACUGGUCCACGGCUAUAAGCUGUCUUCUCUUCGUCAUCCCGCUCAUGCUCAACGCGCCAGGCUCAUGGUACUGGCAAGCAGGAGCCAUAGCAAUCUUUAACUCCUGGCUUGGAUUCCUCCUGUACCUCCAGAGGUUCGAGGGAAUUGGCAUCUACGUGGUGAUGUUCGGCGAGAUUUGCCGGACGCUCAUUCGCAUUGUGAUGUUGUUUUUCUAUCUCCUGCUGGCGUUCGCGUUAGCUUUCCACUCGCUACUUCUUGACCGGAAAGAGUUUGAAAACGUGCCGCUGUCCAUGAUGCAAACGUUUGUCAUGAUGGUGGGCGAACUUAAUUACCAGAACAACAUCCUGGAACCAUAUCUAAACAGAGACCUUCCAUUUAGCUGGUUGACGUACAUGAUUUUUUUCAGCUUCGUUCUCACCAUGCCAAUCGUGCUCAUAAAUCUGUUGAUCGGUUUAGCGGUUGGAGACAUCGCAGAAGUACAAAGAAAUGCUGCCAUGAAAAGAAUAGCUAUGCAGAUCGAUCUCCACACCGCCCUGGAAGACAAGCUUCCCUACUGGUUCAUCAAGCGAGCGGAUAAAUGCUCCGUCGUCAUCUACCCAAACCGCAAGUGCUCCAAGAAAGCUCUAAUGUACCUCCUCGGAGGCAGCGGGCCGUCCAAUGACGAGUGGAAGCGAACGAAAGUGGCGUCGCAAAGCUGCUCCUUGCUGGAGACUGAGCUCAAAAAGCAAAAGAGCAGGCUGAAGGAUAUGUUCAGUAUGAUGGAGAAACAACACAACCUCCUCAAACUCAUCAUCCAGAAGAUGGAAAUCACCGCUGAAGCGGACGAGCACGAUGGGCCAGUUACAGUUCAGGGUGCGAACUGGAAGCGGGCGACCAGGCGCACCACCAGCGUCGCUGGCGUGUCCCGCUGGGUGCCGCUCAUGAAGGCAAUCGAGUCCAAGCAUAAAUAA